UGCCAGGGUAACAGGUAAACAACGUUGUGGUUAUAUCUGAAAGCUGGUCGUGAACAGAACCCCGACUGGAUAAAGGAUCCGUAGCACACAUGGCUUUCUUCGGCUUGACCCAGCUGGGCUAUCAGAACCCAAUCGGUGACAACAUGCUGAUAAAUCCGCGGGGCGUUCCUGCGACUGAAGAUGACUGUUUUCACCCCAAAAAGGAAUUUCGGCCAAUGGUUAAAGAACAAGGCACAAAUGACGAAGUGACCAAACUGCUACUACAGCCUCCUUGCUACAGCACUGAGGAUCAUCAAGGGAGUCAUGAGCGAUACGCAGAAAUGGUGAAAAAGGCUAAACCACCCAGGCUUCCCAACCAGCUGUAUGUACAGCCUCUGACACAAAACCAGUAUUACGGCUGGAUGAGACACAUGAGCACUGAACCAUGGACCCAAUGCCAAAGGUUUCCUCGGAAAUCCAGCGAGAUGACAAGGUUCGUUGGCACAAUGAUCUUGACACACCGAGACUUCAGUUUGUUCUGAGCUCCCUCAUGUUUUGGCUUCAUGAAGCAGAACCAUGCACACGCUCCCUUCCACAUGUCUGUUGUUCUGGAAGUUAAAAAAAAAAAAAAAAAAA